GCUCCUCAUCCUCCUGCUGCUGCCCGCCGGACGCCGCGCGCUCGAAGAGACGCUGAUGGACACCAAGUGGGUGACCUCGGAGUUGGCAUGGACAACUCAUCCGGAGACAGGGUGGGAAGAAGUCAGCGGCUACGAUGAGGCCAUGAACCCCAUCCGCACGUACCAAGUGUGCAACGUGCGGGAGGCCAACCAGAACAACUGGCUUCGCACCAAGUUCAUCCAGCGCCAGGACGUCCAGCGCGUUUACGUGGAGCUCAAAUUCACCGUGCGGGACUGCAACAGCAUCCCCAACAUCCCGGGUUCCUGCAAAGAGACCUUCAACCUCUUCUAUUACGAAUCGGAUACAGAUUCUGCCUCUGCAAACAGCCCUUUCUGGAUGGAGAACCCCUAUAUCAAAGUGGAUACAAUUGCUCCUGAUGAGAGCUUCUCCAAGCUGGAGUCUGGCCGCAUGAACACCAAGGUGCGCAGUUUUGGGCCCCUCUCCAAGAACGGCUUUUACCUGGCCUUCCAGGACCUGGGAGCCUGCAUGUCCCUCAUCUCUGUCCGGGCUUUCUACAAGAAAUGCUCCAACACCAUUGCUGGCUUUGCUAUCUUCCCGGAGACUUUAACGGGGGCUGAGCCCACUUCUCUGGUCAUCGCCCCGGGCACGUGCAUCGCCAACGCGGUGGAAGUGUCCGUCCCGCUGAAGCUCUACUGUAACGGGGACGGCGAGUGGAUGGUGCCCGUGGGAGCCUGCACUUGUGCCGCCGGAUACGAGCCAGCCAUGAAGGACACCCAGUGCCAAGCGUGUGGUCCGGGAACCUUCAAGUCUAAGCAGGGGGAAGGCCCCUGCUCUCCCUGCCCUCCCAACAGCCGCACGACGUCCGGGGCAGCGACGGUCUGCACUUGUCGCAACGGCUACUACCGGGCGGACACGGACCCUGCCGACAGCGCCUGCACCAGCGUCCCGUCCGCCCCGCGCAGCGUCAUCUCCAACGUGAACGAGACGUCGCUGGUGCUGGAGUGGAGCGAGCCGCGGGACACGGGCGGCCGCGACGACCUGCUCUACAACGUCAUCUGCAAGAAGUGCAGCGUGGAGCGGCGCCUGUGCACGCGCUGCGACGACAACGUGGAGUUCGUGCCGCGCCAGCUGGGCCUCACCGAGCGGCGCAUCUACAUCAGCAACCUCAUGGCCCACACGCAGUACACCUUCGAGAUCCAGGCGGUGAACGGCAUCUCCAGCAAGAGCCCCUACUCUCCCCACUUCGCUUCUGUCAACAUCACCACCAACCAGGCGGCCCCGUCUGCCGUGCCCACAAUGCAUCUGCAGGGCAGCACCGGGAACAGCAUGACGCUCUCGUGGACGCCCCCGGAGAGGCCCAACGGCAUCAUUCUCGACUACGAGAUCAAGUACUCGGAGAAGCAGGGCCAGAGCGAUGGCAUUGCCAACACUGUCACCAGUCAGAACAACGUGGUGCGGCUGGACGGGCUCAAAGCCAGUGCCCGGUACGUGGUGCAGGUCCGGGCGCGCACGGUGGCCGGCUACGGCCUCUACAGCCUCCCCAUGGAGUUCCAGACAACCGCAGAGAACGGCUCCACCAGCAAGAGUUUCCAGGAGCUGCCUCUGAUUGUGGGUUCCGCCACCGCCGUGCUGGUGUUUGUCAUCGCUGUGGUGGUCAUCGCCAUCGUCUGCUUCAGGAAAGGGAUGGUUACUGAAAACCUCCUCUCGUCUCCUUUGGGCAGGAAGCAGCGCAACAGCACAGACCCCGAGUACACGGAGAAGCUGCAGCAAUACGUCACCCCCGGCAUGAAGGUCUACAUCGACCCCUUCACCUACGAGGACCCCAACGAAGCCGUGCGGGAAUUCGCCAAAGAGAUCGACAUCUCCUGCGUCAAAAUCGAGGAGGUCAUCGGAGCAGGGGAGUUCGGCGAGGUUUGCCGCGGGCGCCUCAAGCUGCCCGGCCGCCGCGAGAUCUUCGUGGCCAUCAAGACGCUGAAGGUGGGCUACACGGAGCGACAGCGGCGGGACUUCUUGAGCGAGGCCAGCAUCAUGGGCCAGUUCGACCACCCCAACAUCAUCCAUCUGGAGGGGGUGGUGACCAAGAGCCGCCCGGUCAUGAUCAUCACGGAGUUCAUGGAGAACUGCGCGCUGGACUCCUUCCUCCGGCUGAAUGAUGGGCAGUUCACGGUCAUCCAGCUGGUGGGGAUGCUGCGAGGCAUCGCUGCUGGCAUGAAGUACCUCUCAGAGAUGAACUACGUGCACCGGGACUUGGCUGCUCGCAACAUCCUCGUCAACAGCAACUUGGUCUGCAAAGUGUCUGACUUCGGGCUCUCCCGCUUCCUGGAGGACGACCCGGCUGAUCCCACCUACACCAGCUCCCUGGGAGGCAAGAUCCCCAUCAGAUGGACAGCUCCAGAGGCCAUCGCCUACCGCAAGUUCACGUCGGCCAGCGAUGUGUGGAGCUACGGCAUCGUCAUGUGGGAAGUGAUGUCCUACGGGGAGCGGCCCUACUGGGACAUGUCCAACCAGGAUGUGAUCAAUGCCGUGGAGCAAGAUUACCGCCUGCCACCCCCCAUGGACUGCCCCACGGCGCUGCACCAGCUCAUGCUGGACUGCUGGGUGCGGGACCGCAACCUGCGGCCCAAGUUUGCCCAGAUUGUCAACACGCUGGACAAGCUCAUCCGUAAUGCUGCCAGCCUGAAGGUCAUCGCCAGUGUCCAGUCUGGCGUCUCACAACCGCUCCUGGACCGGACUGUCCCGGACUACACCACCUUCACCACCGUGGGAGACUGGCUGGACGCCAUCAAAAUGGGACGGUACAAGGAGAACUUUGUCAAUGCUGGGUUUGCCUCCUUCGAUCUAGUGGCACAGAUGACGGCAGAAGACCUGCUGAGGAUAGGGGUGACGCUAGCAGGGCACCAGAAGAAGAUCCUGAGCAGCAUUCAGGACAUGAGGCUGCAGAUGAACCAGACGCUCCCGGUUCAGGUUUGACCGCAGGGGACUCUGCAUUGGAACGGACCGAGGGAACCUGCCACCCGGGCUCAGUUUGCGGUGCAGCCCGGCUUCCCGUUUCCCCCCUCACGUGGCGCUCCUCUGCCUCGGACGGCCACCCGGGACAGGCCAGGCCGGGCCGCCCGUCCCUGGAUGGGAGCCGACAGGGAGCCCAGCUCUUCGUUCCGUGUCCUGGAGCGAUGAGGCAGCGACGCAGUCUUCAUAUUGAAGACGGAUUAUGGGACGGAGACGGCACACCGCGCUUCCCGCCCUGCCUCGGCGCCCGUCGGUUUGAAGAGUUGUUCUGCUUCUUGGAUUUCUUUUUUACCCCAUGUUCCCCGCACCGAGUCCUCAUUCCCGCCUCUCUCGGAGGCCGCAGACUGUUUUCCC